AGAAGACAUGUGGCAAAAGUUUAGUGGACAUCACAAAACACCGGAUCAAGGGCACUGCAGAGUACUUCAAAGGGCGUCCACAAUAAAACCCUGCGAGUUGCGACGUGAACCCUUCGUCUCUAACUGAUCGCCAACAGAGAUAUAGUUCAGGGAAGCAAUGGCGUCAAAGCUAGCUCAGUUGCAAUCAAAGGCUGCUCAGGCCUCGCAGUUCGUGGCCAAGCAUGGUACUGCCUACUACAAGCAGCUAUUAGAGCAGAACAAGCAGUACAUCCAGGAACCACCCACUGUUGAGAAAUGCAAUCUUUUGUCAAAACAGUUGUUUUAUACUCGUCUUGCAAGUAUUCCUGGGCGGUAUGAAGCAUUCUGGAAGGAGCUUGAUUAUGUUAAGCGUAUGUGGAAACAUAGGCAGGAGCUCAGGGUUGAGGAUGCUAGCAUUGCUGCUUUAUUUGGAUUGGAGUGCUUUGCAUGGUUUUGUGCUGGAGAAAUUGUAGGUCGAGGAUUCACAUUUACUGGCUACUAUGUUUGAGUGCUGCAUCAAGAUGAUCUGCCUUUAGAGUCGAAUUGAUAAAGCUUUGAUUAUUUUUCUUUUGCCCUUUAUUGCCAAUUGUCCACAAUAUACAUGACUAGACAAUAAAAUUCAAAACCAAGUUAGGAACAACUCAUUUUGCGAAUAAUCUUGAAAUCUGUGACAAUAUGCACCUACCUCUGGCAAUUUGAGUUGAUAAAAUUAUGAAUUUUCAAAUGGGUAGUGAAACAUUCACUCUUGUGUAA